AUGAUGUCCUUCCGCACAUUCCUCCCGCUUUCCCAGCAAAGCUUCAUCGAGAUGCCACAGCUGCUUGGCCUCAAACCAAAAUUGCAAUCAAAGCCGGUCAACAAGUGCUCUCUUGAUUUCAUCCUGUCAAACGACAAGGUCAUCGCGAAGCCAGUGUUGUUGCCUUCGUUCCCAUGGACUUCGCCGCAGCGAGGAUCAUCAAACAAGACAUUUGCUCCAGUAGUGGCACCUCCCUCUGGUCAAUGCAAAAUCGCAAAACGCCGCCGGCUCCAGAAUAUCAGUGUGUCCAAUGGUAGCUCGAAAGUAUCAGGCAAGGCUGGAAUAGCGCUCGCAAAUGGCACGGUCGUCAAAAAAGGCAGCAAGUACUGCAUAGUUGAGGGCUGCACAAGUCGAGCCAAACAUGCACGUCGCUGCUGGCGCCACGGUGGCUCGGUCAAGUGCAAGGUCCCGGACUGCGCCAACCGCGCCAAGACCAAAGGUGUCUGCUGGUCCCAUGGCGGUGGUACACUCUGCGCCUCCCUUGGCUGCACAACUAUCUCCGUUUCCAACGGUGUUUGCUGGGCCCACGGUGGUGGCAAGCGCUGCGCCAUGGAGGGCUGUGCACGUCCGGCCUACGAACGUACCGACCACCUGUGCACGAUGCAUUUCGAAGAGAAGCAGUACAUUGCACAGGUGCACAACGACAUCAACAUUACUCAGUACCACCAGCACAAUGCUAAUACUCAAGAGACCUUCAUGUAUUGA